UUUUUUUACUCUCCAAAAUUCCCUCUCCGGGCCCCGCCAACAGCCGGAAUCUGGGGCUUUCUCACUGGAACAGCUUCGAUUUCUUGAUCUCGACACAAUCCCCAUAUUUAUUCGCUAAUUAUCAUUUUAGUAUUCGAGUUUUUGAGCUAUUAAAGGCUGUUUUGAAAUCGCUUUAAAGAUGUAUGUCUAUUGAAUUAUAUGAAAGGUCUGCAGAUGAUGGCGGCGGAGGACAAGAAGAAAGUGGUGGUAGUAGGCGGAGGAAUUGGCGGCGCUUUUGUUGCUUAUUCUCUUCAAUUUGUUGCCGAUGUCGUGCUAAUCGAUCAGAAGGAGUAUUUUGAGAUCUCAUGGGCAGGGUUGAGGUCAAUGGUCGAGCCAUCGUUCGCUGAAAGAUCCGUGAUUAAUCAUACCGAUUACCUUUCCAAUGCAAAAAUUGUUGCAUCUUCAGCCACAAAUAUCACAGACAAGGAAGUUAUUGUGUCAGAUGGCUCUUCAGUUCCCUAUGAUUAUCUUGUUGUUGCCACCGGUCAUGAGGAAGCCGUUCCAAAAAGUAGAACUGAAAGGCUCAGUCAAUACCAAGCAGAAUGCGAGAAGAUAAAAUCUGCCAAUACGAUCUUAAUAGUUGGAGGAGGUCCUACUGGUGUAGAACUUGCUGCUGAAAUUGCUGUUGAUUUUCCAGAGAAAAAUUUGAAACUAAUACACCGGGGGUCGAGAUUAAUGGAAUUCGUUGGGUUUAAGGCUUCCCAAAAGGCACUGGAUUGGUUGACAUCAAAGAAAGUUGAAGUGAUCCUACAACAAUCUAUUUCGAUGCAAUCUUUAUCAGAUGGAGUAUAUCAAACAUCGGAUGGCGAGACUAUUGCAGCCGAUUGCCACUUCAUGUGCAUCGGAAAACCCGUUGGGUCUCGGUGGCUGAAAGAGACCGUCUUGAAAAAAAGUUUGGACAUCCAUGGAAGACUGAUGGUUGACAAGCACUUGCGAGUCAGGGGUUUUAAAAAUGUCUUUGCAGUGGGAGAUAUCACUGACAUUCAGGAAAUGAAACAAGGUUAUAUAGCAGAAAACCAUGCUCAUGUAACCUCCAAGAACCUGAAACUGAUGCUAAUGGGUGGAAAUGAGAGCAGGUUGGCUACAUACAAACCCGGUUCGCAGCUUGCAAUCGUUUCGCUCGGAAGGAAGGAGGCAAUCGCACAACUCCCUUUCAUUACAAUAAGUGGAUGCAUUCCUGGAUUGAUUAAAUCUGGAGACUUGUUCGUUGGAAAGACAAGAAAGGAACUUGGAUUAGCACCUUGAUGAGACGUUUCAUCGAGCACGCCCUCGUGUCAAACCGUCCAGACUUUGCUGUAUUUAGCUGCACUUUCUCCCCCUCGUUCGUUCUUGAUCAUGGUUCAUCUUCAUUGUAUUGUAUCAUUUUCAUAACAGUGGCUUGAAAGACACUCUGUGCUGUGUGAUUUGAGACGCCUUCAAAGUCAUGAAGUUAUAUCUCAUUACAUUGUAAAAUAGCAACCAUGUGAAGUGAGUUUGAAAGAAGCAUUGUGUCUGUGAAACUAUAAAUAAUAUUCUGAAUCUCUUAUACUUGUAUCAA